GCGGGGCAGAGCCAAGAGAGUCCCAAAGUGAGCCCGGCUGCUUUGCUCUGGCUCCUCUGAUAGCAGCAGCAGGGUCUUUUUGCGGCAUCGGACUCUCCUCGGGCAGCCUCCCCUUCCCUUGUGUCUUUCGCGGGCGGAGGCGUGCUUUUGGAGGCUUUGGGGCGACCGGGACCCCGGCGGGAAGAGGAGAGCCCCCUUUGCAUCGGGGAGCAUGGCGGGGCGGCCCCGGAGGGGCUUGAAGGGGCUGCUGUGGCUGCUCUCCGUGGCGUCGGUUUCCUCCUACAACAUCGACCUGGAGCGCCCCGUGAUCUUCCAGGGACCCAACAACUCUUUCUUCGGCUACUCCGUGCUGGAGCAUUACUACGAUAGCACGAGAUGGAUCUUGGUUGGUGCCCCAAAGGCAGAUUCUAAAUACAGUGCUUCGCUUAAGUCUCCGGGAGCUGUUUUUAAAUGCAGAGUUCACACUAAUCCUGAUAGGAGGUGCACAGAAUUGGACAUGGGUCGAGCCAAUAUUCCAGGAAUGCCUUGUGGGAAGACAUGCAAAGAGGACCGAGAUGAUGAAUGGAUGGGUGUCAGUCUAGCAAGACAGCCUACUGCUGGAGGAAGUAUACUAGCCUGUGCGCACCGUUGGAAGAACAUCUACUAUGAGACAGAGUACAUCCUUCCUCAUGGGUUUUGCAACAUCAUCCCACCCAAUCUGGGGCCCAAUGGUCGAAAGCUAUUGCCCUGCUAUGAAGAAUAUAAGAAGAAGUAUGGAGAAGAGCAUGGCUCAUGUCAGGCUGGCAUAGCAGGCUUCUUCACAGAGGAGCUGGUCAUCAUGGGAGCCCCUGGAUCUUACUACUGGACAGGGACAAUCAAAGUACUGAAUCUCACUGACAAUACAUAUUUCAAACUGAAUGAUGAAUCUGUGAUAGCUAAACGGUACACGUACCUUGGAUAUGCGGUGACAGCAGGUCACUUCUCCCAGACAAUGACCACUGACGUCGUAGGAGGAGCUCCUCAGGAUGGAGGUGUCGGAAAGGUAUAUAUUUUUCGCACUGAUAAGAGGUUUGGGUCUUUAAUAAAGAUCUUCCAGGCUUCGGGUAAAAAGAUGGGCUCUUACUUUGGCUCCUCCUUAUGUGCAGUUGAUUUGAAUUCUGAUGGACUUGCAGACCUCCUGGUCGGAGCGCCCAUGUUUUCAGAGAUCCGGGACGAGGGCCAAGUCACUGUCUACCUCAGCAGAGGAAACGGAGUCCUGGAAGAGCAGCUUGCCCUGAAUGGUGACAAUGCCUACAAUGCACACUUUGGAGAAAGUAUAGCUUCCCUGGGGGAUAUGGACGAUGAUGGAUUCCCAGAUGUUGCCAUUGGUGCCCCUAAAGAGGACAACUACAUUGGAGCAGUCUACAUCUAUCAUGGAUACACAGGUGGCAUUGUACCUCAAUAUUCCAUGAGAAUAGCUGGAAAACAGUUAAGUCCAAGACUGCAGAUGUUUGGCCAGUCAAUUUCAGGAGGUGUUGAUAUGGAUGGAAAUGGUUACCCAGAUGUGACAAUUGGAGCCUUUAUGUCAAACAAUGUGAUUCUUCUAAGGUCCAGGCCUGUCAUCACUAUGGAUGUCACCAUUUUCCUGCCUGCAUCUAUUGACAUCACAGCUCCACAGUGUCAUGAUGGCUUGCAGCAAGUGAACUGCCUAAAUGUUACAGCCUGCUUUAGUUUCAAAGGAAAGCACGUCCCUGGAUUGAUAGGAUUGAACUAUAACUUGACAUCAGAUGUGACCAAGAAGGAAAGGGGCAAUCCAAUCAGGGUUUAUUUUGUUUCUUUUGGAGAAGCAAUGGGCCAAAUCUCAGAGCAGCUGGAGCUGUCCUAUAUGCAAGAGAAAUGCAAGCACUACCUAGCCUAUGUGAAGAGAAGAGUCAAAGAUGUGAUCUCACCAAUUGUAUUUGAAGCUGUGUAUAGCCUUGGAGAACACACCAUGUCAAAACAGGAGAAAGAAUUACCUGCGCUGAGGCCUGUACUUCGAUGGAAAAGGGGACAGAAGAUGGCUCAGAGAAAUCAGACUGUAUUUGAGAGGAACUGUCAAUCAGAUGAUUGUGCUGCUGACCUGAAACUUCAAGGGAAACUCUUCUUGUCCAGUGUUGAUGACAGGGCUCCCUAUCUGGCUUUGGGAGCAGUGAAGAACAUUUCUCUGAACAUUUCCAUCUCAAACAUUGGGGACGAUGCUUACGAUACCAACAUAGCUUUCAACUUCUCCAGGAAGCUCUUCUUCAUCAAAAUGUGGCAAAAGGAAGAGAUGGGCAUUGCAUGUGAAUUACUAGAACCAGACUCGGACUUCCUUAAGUGCAGUGUGGGCUUUCCCUUCAUGAGAUCAAAGUCCAAGUAUGAGUUCAGUGUUAUCUUUGACACCAGCCAUUUGUCCGGUGAAGAGGAGAGUCUCUCAUUCCUUGUCACUGCUCAAAGUGGGAACUUAGAACACAACCUCCAUGACAACUCUCUCACCCUCUCUGUUCCUCUCAUGCAUGAAGUGGACUCCUCCAUCACAGGUGUGGUGUCCCCCAGUUCUUUCAUUUACGGUGAGUCAGUGGCAGCCUCUCAGUUUAUUCAGCUGGAAGAUUUUGAAUGUCAUUUUCAGGACCUCAACUUCACUCUUCAGGUGUACAAUGCUGGCCCAAGCACACUUCCUGGAUCUUUUGUCGACAUUUCAUUUCCUAACCGUCUCUCGGCUACUGGAGCUGAAAUGUUUCAUAUUCGGCAGAUAAUGGUUGCACAAGACAAAGGGAACUGCUCUUUUCAGAGAAACCCAACCCCAUGUGUCAUUCCUCAAGAAAAGGAGAAUAUUUUUCAUACAAUAUUUGCUUUUUUUACCAAGUCUGGUAGAAGAGUCCUGGAUUGUGACAGACCAGGCAGACCUUGUUUAAUUAUACAUUGCAACUUAAGCUCACUAGCAAAAGCAGAAUCUCGCAACAUAGAUAUCCAGAUGCUAUUGAACACUGAAAUACUAAAAAAGGACAGUUCAUCUGUCAUUCAGUUCAUAACAAGAGCGAAGGUGAGGGUGGACACAACCAUCCGGGCAGUAGAAAUACCCAACGGAAAUUCAGAAGAUGCAACGGUGGUCUUUGAGGCCUUGCACAAUCUGGAGCCUCGCGGUUAUGUGGUCGGCUGGAUCAUUGCUAUCAGUUUACUCGUGGGAAUUCUCAUCUUCCUGCUGCUGGCAGUGCUGCUAUGGAAGAUGGGCUUCUUUCGGAGAAAAUAUAAAGAAAUCAUUGAGGCUGAGAAGAACAGACAAGAGAAUGAAGAUAGCUGGGACUGGGUCCAGAAAAGCCAAUGAACCGUUGCAGGAGGGAAAACACUGAAAGCCCAGUCAUGUGAUUCAUCAUUACUCCCCUAUUGGUCCUGCUCUUGUAUCUUCCAUAUGUGGAAGAAGGAAUCUUCUCCAGAUUUUUCGGAGACCCUGUUGAUGCUGUUGUUGUUCUUCAUCAUCUUAAGCUAGGGAACAUACCCUGAAGCAACCACUGCAGGCAUGUCAGGUGACUGGAGCAAUGUCGACUUCCUGGAAGAGAUUAACUUUGAGCUGCAGCGCAGAGCAAUAUUUAUGAAUCCAACAUAUGUGGUAUACCCUCAGGGGAAGACUGUUGCCUAAAACAAAGUAUUUUUUAUAAAUAUAAGCUUUUUAUACUGAUUAUGUCCUGUUAUAUAUUUGUACCAAUGUUUUAUGUUUUCUAUUGAAUAUCUAUCUAUAUAUAUAGUUCACUAAGGCUGCAAUCCUGUGCAUACUUAUAUAGGAGCAAGUCCCAUUAGGUACAAUGAGACUUACUUCUGAGUAAAGAUUCAUAGGAUUGUGCUGUAAAGCACUGAUAUCCAGCUGAAGUUCUGGACAUGCAUAUGUGUAUAUAACAACCAUACUGUACCUUUGAAUUUCAAUGCGGAAGAAAAAAACAGAUGAAACUUAAUGAAAAUCUAUACUGUAGUAAAUCCACAAAUCUUGGUGAUGGUUUCUAAAUAUCCUCUGGUAGCAUUGAGCCAUUGUCCUUUCACAUACAUGAUAAAAAGUCAGAAGUUUAAACAAGUUGUGAGCUAAAGAACUGCAAGUGCUGCUUGAAUUGAAUUUAGAAAGAAAAUGUCUUGGUUCAGCUAUUCAGAGGCUGUCUCACAAAGCAGCCAUCACAUCCUGUGGCCUCCCAGAUGAUGCUGGACAACAGCUCUGCAUUGACUAUGCUAGUUAGGACUGAUGAGAAUUGCAAUCCAGCAGCAUCCAGAGGGCCACAAGGUAUCAACGGCUGCUAUAGCUUAUGUCUUAUUCUUAAGACACUUCUCUGUUCAAUCCUCUACAUCUUUUUACAACUGUCAAGUUGUAAAAAAAAUAUAAAGAGGUGACUUCAUUCAAAUAUAGAAAGCAAAUUGAAAAUUAAAAAACCUGGUAUUUUUCCCCGUUUCCAAUUCUAUCUUCAUGCAAUGUUUCUAAGGCCCAUUCCACACUGUACCUAUAUACCAGGAUCUGAUCCCAAAUUAUCUGCUUAUCCCAGAUUAUCUGGCUGUAAAAACUCAUAUAAUCCAGUUUGAACAAGAUAAUCUGAGACCAGAGGCGGUUCAAUCACCAGGCCAACUAGGCAGUUGCCUGUGGCGCCAUCUUGUUGGGGGCGCCAUCGAGGCAACUCCUGUCUCCUGCGGCCUGCCUCCGCAAGGUAUUGAACUGCUUUUUCUGUUGAUUUGUUGUAAAACAUGAUGUUUUAGUGCUUAAUUUGUAAAAUCUUAAUGUAAUUUGAUGUUUAAUAGGCUUUUCCUUAAUCCCUCCUUAUUAUCAAACAUUUUCACUUAUCCAACGCUUUUAUUUUUCAGUUUUUGGUUGGGGAGGGGGCAAAAUUCUGUUCGCCUACACUUGAAAAAUACCCAGGGCUGGCUCUGUCUGAGACCAAAUCCUGGGAUAUAGAGCAGUGUGGAAGGGACCUAACUCUUUCUUGCUGUUGCAUCUUCUUUCAAGAGACCCAGGCCACACACAGUUGAAUAAAAUCUCACAUUUUCUGCUUUGAACUGGAAGAUAUGGCAGUGUGGACUCAGAUAACCCAGUUCAAAACAUAUGGGGAUUUUCUGUCUUGAUAUCCUAGGUUAUAUGGCCGUCUGUAAGGACCCCCAGAAAAGGGAUGCAGGGGCCAAGAACAUGGACUUACUGCAUUUCAACAUUUCUGUUCUUGUCAAACUUUGUUCCUUCUCUAUGUGUCACAUACUUUAUAAAUAGCAAACCAUGCUUUGCAACCAAUGCCAGGAUCUAUAAUUCACUUGGGCUUUUAUGUAUCCUUGUUCAAAGAGCAUAUUGCACUGAAAAAAAAACAGCAAUGAAUGUUUUCCUUCGGCCAACCCAGAGUUCACUGGUAUGUAGUUCUUUGGCAAUGAGAAGGAGUUGGGGAGCCAAGAUCUCAUAAAUAUAAACAGAGGAAACUCCCAUCAUCCUAAUGUGUGAUUAUUUUAUGAUUAUUUAUCUGUCAGCUUCUUCAUUGUAAUGUUACUCUUGAAUUGCCCUCCAAGGUAGGACAGUCUUAUUUAGGAGAUUGGAAACCUAUAAUUAGAGAUGCUAGUGUUCAUGGUUGGUAACCAGUGAAUUUGUGUUUCAGCUGAGAUUUAUAUCAAAGUCCAGAAGUUUGCACUUUGGGCUUUCCUAAUUUUUAGCAAGAUUUUGUUAAUAGAAUUCACUGCAUGCUUGUUCUGUGUAAAUAUGGUUUUAUUAUAAUUGGGGCAUACACUGGCAAACAAAAAAUAUGCAGGAGUUGUACACAUAUUAUGUUAACAGAUAUUAAUAUUCAGCGCAAGAAAAUGUUGUGAAUGUGGAAGUAUUCAGGUAUUAUGGGUUCAUGUACAAAAUAUAUCUCUAAAUUUUACAGCAGUCACACAUUACAUUCAUAUGGUGAAGGCACUAACAACAGUGGGCUAUUUUACUAUAAAAUACAAACUUUUCAUAUAGUUCUACAAUAGAUUUACUUGUAGUUCCAUCACAAUGGUUAGUAGUAUGUUUAGGGUGAUACUGUAUUGUUCACAGUGGUAGAAUCUUACAGAAAUACACCAAAGAACAGGCCAGCUUUCAAGGAAUGCUAUGGCUUUCUGUGGGAACAAUUUCUAGAAAAUCCUAUUGUGAAGUUAAGAUAAUAAGGUUAAGCACACAAAACUGCCUUCAAUAGAGUCAAAACACUGGCCCACCUACACCAGUAAGUAUCUUCUUUGAACCUUGUUACUUUAGGCACUUUUUUAUGUCAGGAGCAACUGGAGUUGCUUCUGGAUUGAGAGAAUUGGCCGUCUGCAAGGACGUUGCCCAGGGGACGCCCGGAUGUUUUGAUGUUUUACCAUCCUUGUGGGAGGCUUCUCUCAUGUCCCCGCAUGGAGCUGGAGCUGAAAGAGGGAGCUCAUCCACGUUCUCCCCGAGUGGGAUUCGAACCUGGCAGCUUUCAGGUCAGCAACCCAACCUUCAAGUCACAAGGCUUUUAUCCCCUAGGCCACCGGAGGCUCCUUAGGCACUUUGAGAUAAUGAUCCUAGCUGGGACUUUGGGGAUCAGAGACCAACUACAUACCAGACAUAUUUUCUCCGUAUAUGACGUGGGCCCCUUUCAAAUGCAUUCUGAGGACUGUACCACUUAUCAAAUGUGCGUAUAAAUUGAGAUCAUUAUCUGGUGCUGCAUACCAAUCGUGUGCUCACAUGGUGCUUCUUUGUAAUGUAAAGAGGAAAACUUGUGUAGGCUAUGUGUGUACAAAUGCAGUUCAUGUACAUGAUAUAUACUGUAUACAUCUACAGCAGGCCUGCACAACCAGGUGUUUGGGCCUCCAACUCCCAGAAGCCCUGUCCAGCUUACCUGUCCAGGUCAGGAAUUCUGGGAGCUGAUGUUCAAAACAUCUGGAAGGCUGCAAGUUGUGCAGGUUUGAUCUACAGCUUGCCCAUGGUUUACUGACCCCACCUGAUUUUACAAGUAGCUACAGCUAGCUGUAUGCUCAACUGUGAGGCUUUUUCAUAUAAAAAACAGCUCAGAAUUUUAGGAAGUUCUGAAGAUUUCUUCACCAUUCAUAAAAUAUUUGAGGACAUGGUUGGAUAUCAUAUUAAUUUGAAAUCCCACUAGGACCUAGGAUAUUGUUGGGAAGACCCAGUCACUUUGCUAGGGGCAUUGCCUGGCCCUUUCAUGUAUGGUUAAUUAAGAAUGAUUUUAAAACAUGGGAAAAGCUGGUACUAUCUCCCAUAACCUGAAGGGGUUUUCUCAUUUUGGGGAGAAAAACAAGCUACUGUGGUGGCUUCUCCCAGGGUUUGAUGGCAAACUAAACAAGGGGUCAUAGUUUGUGGGAGCAAUCUAGCAGUCUGUGCUGGCAUACAGGCUGGUCUCCAGCAAUCCAGAAUUACCAUAUUCACUUGAGUCUAAUGCACAUCUUUUUUGGUCGAGUUACAUUGCUAAAAUUGAGCUGCGCCAUAGAUUUUAUGGAGCAUUAGAAUCAUGCAUGUAAACUCACCUACAUGAAAAGGCCUGUCAGAACCUAGAGCCUUGGAGGCAAAACAAGGAGGCAGGGGUGAAGAGGGUGUUUCUGGUGGUGGCAGCAGUGACCUCAGGGAUCCAUGGCACCCAGAGCAGGAGGAGGAGCACCUGGCUGGUGACCCGGACAUGCCUGCCAUUUAGCUGCAGAGGGGCGGUGAGCCCUUCAGGACACUCUUACCAAAGAGGCAGAAAGUAUCAUCCUCUGGGCCAGGGCUCAGCAAUGUUUCCUGCCUCCUGGGUGGCCUUUGGGGUCUCUCCACCACCACCCCAAGACUCAGGGCUGUGUGGUUUCCAACUCACCUCAUUCACAAGUUUUUCAAAACCUCCUUGGUUUUGAACUGCUAGUCAGUGAAGCCAGUUGGGUACUGCAUGAGGCUGAUGAGUUUGCCAGUCUUGGCAUGACAGAGGUUCAUGGCUUCCAACUGGCCUCAUUCAUGCUGCCCACUCUGUGAUCCACUAUGCUUGUGCCUUAUAUUUGAUUGCAAAUCUUUUUUUUUUGUAAUGUGCACCUUCAAAAUUGAAUUGUGCAUUACAUUCCAUGGCACAUUAUACUUGGGUAAAUAUGGUAGUUCAAUUUUGGCUUGCAAUGUGAACCUAGCUUGUGACUGACAGGUUUGUCAUUCACUUACCACUUCAUCAGAUAGGCCAAUUUGCCCGUCAUAUGCUGCUUCACCUCCCUUUUCAGCAUGGAGCCCUUCACAGAAUGUAAAGGGACUUUCAGCUGAGCUCUGUGCUGAAAAGGGAGGUGAAGCAGAGCACCCUACCACCACGGCAACAUGGGAGCCUUCCCUUCAAUGUGGGGAGCCAGGCGGUGACGCUCCCUUCAUGGAAUGAGGAGGAAGAUAAGGCAGAUAAUGCAGGGCGUGGAGAGGCAGCUUCUCCACACUCCCUGCAGGGAUCCCAUGGAUUCACUGCAAUGCAGAGGAAAUCCAUGGGCCUUUCUGAUAAGGUUCUUAGUUAAACUAUAGACCCAUCUCUCAGCAUUAAAGAGAAGCCAUAGCUUUCGAGAGAGAAAAAAAACUAGGCUCCAACAAGACAUCUUGGGUUUGUUGGUGAGAAGGAAAACCAUUGUGAUUGAAUCCUUUAUAUGGCAGCUUUUCUGUUUAUUUACAGGAAAUAUUUGGGAUCUUUCUUUCUAUUGUUGCUGAUUUUCCAAAAUUCCAGCAUUGUCAUUUCAGACUUGACAUUAAUCUUCAUUUUAUGUUAUUAAAUUAUGCACCUUCAAAUUAUUUCUGAUGUAGAGUGACCCUAAGGCAAAACUAUCUCAGGGUUUUUAUGGCAAGAUUUGGUCAAAGAGGAUUUGCCUUUGCCUUCCUCUGAGGCUGAAAGGGUGUUAUGUGCCCAAGCUCACCUACUGAAGAUCCAUGGCAGAGUGGGGAAUUGAACCCUGGCUUUCAGAGUCCUAGUCCAACAAUCAAACUAUUGCACCAUGUUAGCUCAUUAAGAAAAAAGACAAAUAAUGUGAAGGAGCAGAAACUCAGUAUCUUUGGAGCAAAGAGCUUUAAAACAUAAGAAGCACUGCCAAUGUUAAAUUUAUGAUAUCUUUCUGACUGAAGGUUCAUAUGUACUAAGCAAUAAAUAGUCUUCAAAACCGUAAGUUCCUCGUUCUAGCAAUACCAUUAUGGACACAUAUGUACACAAAACUUAGUAAUAACAACCCUAUGGUGCCUCAAAGACUAAAAAGUGCACGCUUUGUGAGUUAUCAAAUGUAUAGAAUAUUAUCCUGAGUUGGCAGAUAUUGAUGCAGAGAGAUUUCUUUUUUUCUUUCUUUCUUUUUUUUUUUUUGCUGCUGCAGUGGUGGUAAAGAUUUUAUUUUGAUACAGUCUGAAAGUUUACUCAACAAUUGUAAUCUGAAUGUCUGACUAGAUUACCAAUGUAGUUUUAAAUGUAGGCUAAACUACUGAUUCAAACUCUGCCAGCUCUGGAAAGAACCGAAACUGCCUUUUCACUAAGUGAUCCAUAAAAUAAGAUAGUUUCACUGUUGAGAAAGUGACAACUCGGCACACUUUUGAAAAAGCAGCCAUACCAUACAAUAACAGACUGUUGCUCGCUUCUAUUUUUAAUGAUUCCAAAAUUCAGUGGCUAAAUUACGGAAUAGUCUUUUACUUGUACUGUUGAAUGUAAGAAUAUAAAGUUGUGACAAAUUUUA